UAAAUUUGGGCAGAACCCAUGGCCGCGGCAGCAGCUCCACUCCUGUCCGGGCAGCGAAGCCCCGUCCAGCGGCAACUCUUGGGUGCGGGUGCCCAGCUGGGUCAGAACUUCAGACUGCAGCAGCCCCAGGCCAAGGUGUCAGUGGCAGUGGGGGAGACGCUCACCCUGAGCUGCACCACAUCUGGGAUCGCUGGACCAGGUCCUGUGAUGUGGCUGAAGGGCUGGGGCAGUGAGAACAAGACUGUCUAUGACCAGAAUAAGCAGGAUCCUUCCUCCCGUGUGACAAGAGUAGUGGAUAAGUCUGACACAGACUUCACCAUCCGCAUCAGGAACGUUCAGCCUGAGGACACGGGCAGCUACUACUGUGUGAAGUUUGUCAAGGGGGACACUGGUGAUGAUGAGGUGUUUCAGCAUGGCCGUGGCACAGAGGUGUCUGUGCAUGAGGCCACCCUGCUUCCUGGAAUGGUGGCUGCAGCUGUAGUGCUCUGCUUCCUCCUUCUCCUCGGCCUCUUCAUCGCCCUUUGCAUGUACAGGAGGAAGCUCCAAGGCAGGGCAGGCAGCCCCUGCCCAGCCAGGACAGUGGCCAUCGGCAGCUUCUCAUCUGUCCCUCUGCAGUGCUGUGCAGGGACCCCCGGCACCUCCAGUGAAGUCCUGGAUGCAGAGAGCUCCCACCCGCCCAACCAGCAGAGCAGCAAGGAGGAGAAUGACAUCCACUACGCCGAGCUGCAGCCCCUGCCCCCGGCCCCACGGCGUGGCAGGAGCCCGGGCACAGCCCCCACCGAGUAUGCCAGCCUCAGGGCAGCUGCCAAGUGACGCGUGGCACCGCUGCCUGCCCGUGGCAGGGUGCAAGAAGGGACGUUUCUGCAGGGCACAAUAAGGAAGAAGUGGGGCUGUUUGCACGGUGCACCCUGAUCUCAGCUCGGCACCCCGUGCUCACCAUGUUUGCAUCUCAGGGGAGCUCUCCCAAGAACUGGAAGCUUUCUCGAGCACAGGAUCAGACCACGAGGCCAAGCACCUCUGCCUUGUGCAAGCUGUUUGGUGCUGAUGACACCAGGAGGACCUCACACACAGCUGUGUCCACCAGCAUGGGCCUCCACUGGCCCUUUCCUGGCCCACAGGUUCAUAAUUCGUGUUAUCUUUUCACCACCCUCAUUAAAGCCAGCAAACAGCC